AUGUGCAACAGAUCAUUACUUGGGAAAUACUUUUUAUCUCAUCCGAAGGAUUGUGCAAUGUACUACGUUUGUUUUAAUGGACGGAAAUUUUUGAUGAAGUGCGAGGAUAAUGAAGUUUUUCAUGUGAAGUCAGGGUCAUGUGUUCAAAGAGGGUCAGAAUUUGAUUCCUGUUCUCAGAAGGACAACACAGAGGAUUCAGAAUGCUCACCUCACUACACUGGCUUACUUGCUCAUUUGAAGAACUGCGCCAAGUAUUUGGAUUGUUCUUCCAAGUCAAGUAAUAGACCCAGAAUUCGAGAAUGCCCAUAUCCAUAUCUCUUUGAUUCCGUCGCCAUGGCUUGUAGAUAUUUUACGGAAGUUGACUGCGGAGAUAGACAGGAACCAAAAAAUCCAUGCGACUAUGAUGUGAAACCUUGUAAUGGUGAUAACUGUACCCCGUGUCGCUCUCAUUAUCCGAGCUGUGUACAUUACCCUGAUGGCCUGAACCCAUGGAGGGGGCGGGAGUGGACACCCCAUUUCAUAUUGUGCACCAGGGAGAGAGUUCUUUUUCAUGGAUUGUGUUCACAUUCACAAAUUUUUCAUCCAAGAAAGUUAAAAUGUUUCGAUCCAAAUACACACAGAACGAACAGCAAUACAAAAAUAUGA